AUGGACACGCCUUCUCCCGCUGAAUGCUUCAUAUUCAAGCUACCAUAUGAGCUCUGGAUCCGCAUUAUCCGUGUGACCUGCGCUUCUGAGUCAGGCUAUUAUAUAGAGUCAGCCCACUGCUCCAUCAAGGCUAUGAAGGAUCUCGCGCAUACCUGCCAAUUCUUCCGCCACAUCAUCAUGGACGGAGAUGGACCGGGAUCAUACCCGAAUAUCAUGCAAGAUCUCCCUCUCCUCUGCGAGGAGAAAUGGGUGAGCGUCGCCGCGGGCACCGGCACUAUGCCUCUCGUCGUUCGCGCCGAGCUUCCCGACUCCUACCGCCAAUCCAAUAUGCGCAACCUCGCCCACGCUCUGUCGUACAUCUCGCGAAUCGAAACAUUGGUUUUAAAGGGACGCGACCGCUUCAGGAUCAACCGCUACCCUCGGCUCUAUAACAAGGACGCCCCACAACGAGCUCUUCAUACGGCGUCUGUCCUGACGACGCUCCGUUUCUGCGACAUGGACGCGGACUCAAUCUUCUCUAAUGGUGGCAUACUACCUGAGAUCCCCACCCUGGAGACCGUUCAGCUGCGCGAUUGUGUUGUCCAGAUGGAGAGCCCCCUCUUCGGCUCUAAGCAGUUGGCAGUACUUGUGCUAGAGAACGUCAUGAUACGUACCAGAGCCGAUCCACGUCCGAGAUUUGUGGACAUGCUACGCUCGUGUAGCCCAUCGUUGCGCGAGCUUAUCGUCCAUGAAACGCCAGGGUCUCACGGCCUCAUUGGGGAUCGCCCAUUCCAGUUCUCAGGACGCAAACCGGAUCCCUCGGAGAUCGUCUACUUCCCUGCACUCGAGAAGAUCUCGUUACGCGGGGCUACUGGAACCAUCGCGCACAUCGUCACCCAUAUGGAGAUGCCCUCCCUUCGCAUCGCCCACGUCGCCCCGCAGCCGCACUUUUGCCUCUUGCUUCCAGAUUACAUCCUACCCGUACUUUGCGACAGCAUCUUACGCGGGAAGAACACUUUCGACGCCGUCCUACUGGAUCAGACUCGUGAUAAGGAGCGCAUGCGCGUCGUUGCGAAGAGCGAGAAGCACGUACUUGAGCUUUCUCUACUCGCUCGGUUCGCCGUCGCCGCCCGUCGCCUCACGAUGGGCACCCACAUGCCAUGGGGCUCGUUUACCCUGCCAUGGGGCUCGUGCAACUUCAGCCGCAUUCUUCCGGACUGCAUUCUCAAGACGACGCGGUUGGACGUUCUGUCGGAGGACUGCAAGACAGAAGCCAACGUGCAGUAUAGGGACUGUCGACUGCUUAUGAGCGAGUUCUCCCAAGUUCAGACCCUCGCCCUUCACGGUGUCGUCGCCGUGUACUUGAUGCGCGCAUUCGCUCGCGGCAACGACUCGUCUGACGUGCCCAGAUUUCCGCGUUGUCUCAAGUCUGUGGGCGUCUCGUCUGCGGGGAAGGAGGAAACCGAUGCGGGAUCACUUGAACUAGUGAAGCAGUUGAAGGAUAUGCGGGGGAACAACACCGCGCCGCUCAAGCUAGGCAAGAUCACCGUCCUCUACGACGCUGUUUUAGCAAAGCUGGUUGGCGGCGUCCCCGACAAGUUGGUGGACGAUGAAAUGAAGGAGUACAUGAUGCGUUCUUUGACCGCUGUACGCGAGUGGGAGGAGUUCGCUAAUUCCCUGUCUGCCAAGGAUACGUUGAGGGAAAAGGAGGACCGGUCUGUUAUAGACGCCUUACUCAGUGCUAUCUGA